AUGGUUAGAGAGGCGGCCAAUGUCAAACUUUCCGGCCAAUGUCAAACUUUCCCAGACGUGCAUAGGUUGCGCUCGGAGAGUCCUGCCGGGGUCUACCUGAUUGUCGGCUGCAAGAAGGACAAAGUAGCGGCGUUGUACGUUGGCCAGUCGAAUGACGUCUUCCGACGAACCCUGGAGCACCAGAUCGUCUACGAAGACAAGAGCCUUCCAGCGGAGCAGGACCGGAGACUCGCCUAUCAUCUGCUCAAGACUUGCGAUGAGGUUUACCACUUCCGGCUUGCUCAAUUCGCUGUCAAAGAGAAGCAGACGAGGACGAUGGCAGAGGGACUCUGGUGUCUCGUGGCUGGCAUCUUCCAGGUGAAGAAGGAAUGGUUGGAGUGUAGGAGGAAGUUUGGGUUGGUGAACGUCGGCGAUCGGGUACGUGGUGGAAAUUCCACGCGCUGCUUCGAUAAGCCGAGGGAGGAGAGGGCUGGGGCCACAGGCGAGCAUGGAUUCCAGGAUGGUCAGUGA